AUGGAAAGUGAAGACACAAAGAAGAUACAAGAAAUGAAGACUGAUCUGAACUUACUAUUGGAGUGUCUGAAGUAUCAAAUGGACAACCCUUUUUCACAAAAAGAAGCUUUGGUCACUAUUCAUUCAAUUUGUCAACAAAACAGUAAUGCAGGUGUUUACUUUCGAGAAAUUGGUGGUUUGAUGUUUGUAAGAAAUCUUGCAAAGUCAAGUGAACAUAGCAUGGUAAAAGAAGCAGCCUUAUAUACAUUAGGAGCUGUUGCAGAACAAAAUGUUUACUGUCAGCAGACUUUGUGCACUUCCGAAUUGUUUGAAGACUUAACUUGGUUCUUAUCUAAUAAUGAUUCAAACACAAAUUUGAAAAGAAUGUCUGUCUAUGUCAUAUUGGUGCUGGUUUCAAAUAAUAGGACUGGACAAACACUUGUGAGAGAAACAGGUUGUAUUACAGUUCUGACACAGUUGUUCAGGACAGUUCUUUCAAAAUAUGAGUUGAAUUUGUCAGAUAAAAAUGUGUUCCAGAGUUAUCAGUUAUGGUCUUCAGUGUGUAGUACUUUAUGUGUCUGUGUCAACAAUCCUCAAAAUGAUGAAAAUCAGAUGCUUUGCUGUUCACUUUUUCCACAUGCUAAUGACUGGCUAAUAAAUUGCAUCACACCUGAGGUAAUUCGCCCUGUUUGCUCAUUUAUUGGGCUUACUCUUGCAAAUAACACAUUUGUUCAGAAAUAUUUUAUAUCUGUGGGUGGACUGGAUGUAUUGUCUCAAGUUCUUGUGCAACUGGAAUCUGAUUCACACAAGACUGUUUCCAGUGCUAAGCUUGCAGUGGUGGUGACAAAGACAGUGGAUGCGUGUAUUGCUGAUAAUCCUACUUUUGGAGUAAUACUAUCCAAGUAUCAGAUUGUUUCAAAACUUCUGACAUUACUGCUUCAUGAAAGUCUGGAUUCAGGAGAAAAAUUUAGCAUCAUACUUACUCUUGGUCAUUGCACAGAGGAUUGUGAGGAAAAUCAGUAUGACCUUUUUAAAAACAAUGGGCUUCCACUCAUGAUACAAGCCUUAACUGAAUCACAGAGUGAGGAACUAAACAAAGCUGCCACUUUUGUGCUUCACAAUUGCAAAAAAAUUACUGAAAAAUUAUGUCUAAGUCUAGGAGAAUAUUCUUUUGAUGAGAAUGAAAAACAAUUAGAAGACAUAAAUAUGAAAGAGAAGAAUCUUGAAGAGUACUGGAAGAAAGCAAAGGAAAUUCUACACAGAAUAGAACAGCUUGAAAGAGAAGGAAAUGAGGAAAAAAUACAAAGAGAAAAAUACAAGGAUAAUGUUUCAUCUAUGAACAUAAAUAUUCAAAAUACAUUGAAACACCUCCAUGGAGAUAGUAUUGGCAAAGGCCCUGAAGCAGAAGAUAAGGAUAAAAGCCAGUCUAGAAAGCUUCCGAGUUGUAAAUCCCAUGGAAUUCUAACUACAGCGUGUACAAAUGAUCACCAAAUGAAGACCCUGUUAAAGAGUACAAAUCCAGUUGAUGCUUGUUAUAGGGAGAGUGGACAAAAUAAAACUUUAUAUAAAGCCGAUUCAAGCUAUAGUCAAAACUUACAUGAAAGAACAAAUUUUGAAAAAAAGAAUUCUGUUUCUCAAUCAAGUGACCAUGUUUUUAAACCUCCAAUUCCUGUUGUCAAAAAUAGAAAGCAGGAGUUACCAGUAACAGAUCCAUUUACAUUAUGUUCAGAUAUAAUAAAUAAAGAAGUCAUCACUUUUCUAGCAACUGACAGUCAUUCUAAAAUGUUAAAGUAUAGAUGCUCAGGUUGCAUAGCAGUAGGAAAAUCCCUGAAUAGCCGAAAUUUUAGCAAGCUCUUGCACUCUUGCCCAUACCAAUGUGAUCGUCACAAAGUCAUUGUGGAAGCUGAAGACAGAUAUAAAAGUGAACUAAGGAAAUCACUUAUCUGUAACAAAAAAAUUCUGCUGACCCCACGUAGGAGACGACAACUCAGUAGUGAAUCUACUACCUCUGGAGGAAUAAAAAAAAGAAGAAUUCGUAAAAAUUUUACCAAAGAAGAAGUAAAUUACCUUUUCAAUGGAGUUAAGAAAAUGGGAAAUCACUGGAAUUUAAUUUUGUGGUCUUUCCCCUUUCAGCAAGGACGGAAGGCUGUGGAUCUUGCUCACAAAUACCACAAGCUGACCAAAGGCUCCAAGCAUGAAGCUCCUUGAUCAGAAUACUUGUCAGUUUUUAGGUUUAACUAAUAGAAUACAAUGGCUUGAAACACAAUUUAAA